ACAUCAAGAAAAAAUUGACUGAAAUGUGCAUCAGUGCAUAUACGCCUUGUAUAAGCCGAUUGCGUUGGGGGCGAGCAGUUCCGAGGAUUGUCGGACCGGACUGCCGGAAUUCGCUACCGGAAUGACGUGUAUUCCGAUGUACAAAUCGCCAGAGUUCUCCGUUGGAGGACCGCGUGGCGAGGUCAUUGUGGAGAAUGAUGGUGGUCGCAGUUCUUCGUCGUCCUCUUCGUCUAUUGGGAGGAACAGCGACGAGUCUGCAGCUGGUGGUGAUGCCGACGGUGAAGGUCUGGAAGUGCAGGGCUCGGCAAUCCAUUUGGAGGACUUGGAGGAGGCGUUGCGGUUGAACUUGGACUGUGCAUCAACUCGAUUUUACAAUGGUAGAGAUACUCAAGCUAUUGAAACUGGAAAAGACAGGAAAUGGUGGCAGUGGCUGAGAACUGGACUAUGGAUUCUCAGCAUAAGAUCAUUUAAGGUCUUGUCAACUAAGAGCAUAUUUUGCCAUGGAUGCUGCCUAUCCUGAAGUUCCUGUCAAGUUGAUGAAUAAUCUUUUCCAUGCAAUGAACAGAGAACUCUAUUCAAUCCUUGUUUUUGUGCUUGAACGUGAUCCUAAGCUGUGGCCUGCCUUAGAUGCAUCACAGAUGCCAUGUAUCUGUUCUCUUCUGAUGCAAGUGAGAUUUCACUCACUCAAAAUCUCUUGGGAAAGCAGUUGUCUCUAAAGUUCUUUCAUGAAAAUCGGGCCGAGGCAUUGUAUGGGAUCAGAAUGAUUGUGGAGGAUGUUUGUGUCAAGGUAUUGGGCGAUCUCGUGAAAAUGGCCAUCAAGAGAACCACUGAACAAGAGUUGCUCAAAACUCAAAUGGUCAUGAUGCCACCGUCUGUUUCUGAGCCCAUGAUACCAAGGUUUGGAGGACUCAGAGUCUCAGGUGAGUCGUCUCAAUCGGUGGUGCCUCCCGUGGAUCCCAUGAUCCAAAGGUUCGGAGGACUCGGACUCACAGAUGAGUCGUCUGAAUCAGUGAUGCCUCCUUUACUUUUGAAUGAACCAAAAGACGUAAGAACAAUGUUUGCUACGUUUUCUAAGGGCUAUCCUGUUUUUGAAACGGAGCUUUGGGGUUACUUCAACAGGAUGUUUGGCGACUGUGUGGAGUCCAUCUCUAUGCAGGUGGUGAAGCCCAAUGAGCAGUCACUUUUUGCCCUGGUUGUCUUCACCUCUUCGGCAAUCGUUGACUUGGUUCUUAGAGGUCUGGCAAAAGCAAAAUUUACAAUUAAAGGCAAGAAUGUGUGGAUGCGAAAAUUCAUCCCGAGAACCUAAGAACCUCUUUGAUCUUCCCAGUAGUGUUUCUAUUUUCUAAGUCCAGUUAUGUUGUUUGUUUCAGUUUGUAGUGAAUGAAGGCCAGAUAUGAUGCUCUCUGGUUUCAGUUUGUAGUAGAUAAAGUGCAUCUUGUAAUAUAUAUGUUGUGUUAAUGAAUGCAAAUCUUCCAUUUCUGUUGUGAACUGAUUGAACUUGAAAUUAAUACAGAUUGCUAUGCUGUAAUGUUUUGGUUG